CUCGGUGGGUACCGCAGAAGCCAUGAACGGCGCGGCGAACCCGCUGCUGGACAAGGAGGAGCAUCCGCUGCAGCUGGGCGAAAGCUUCGAGCGGCACCCCAAAGCCUCCUUCCACACCAUUCGCUAUGAUUUUAAACCAGCAUCUAUAGAUACGUCUUGUGAGGGGGAGCUUCAAGUUGGUAAAGGAGAUGAAGUCACAAUUACAUUACCACAUAUUCCUGGUUCUACACCUCCAAUGACUGUAUUCAAAGGAAACAAAAGGCCUUACCAAAAAGACUGUGUGCUUAUUAUCAACCAUGAUACUGGGGAAUAUGUGCUUGAAAAGCUAAGCAGCAGCAUUCAAGUCAAAAAGACAAGAGCUGAAGGCAGCAGUAAAAUCCAGGCCCGGAUAGAACAGCAAUCUGCUCGAGCUGCACAAUCUUCUUCCACCCAGUUCAGAGCUCCAACAAAGCCUGCAGCUGGACCUAAAACUUCCCCACUGAAAGACAAUCCUUCACCAGAGCCUCAAUUGGAUGAUAUUAAGAGAGAACUAAGAGCUGAGGUUGAAAUUAUUGAGCAGAUGAGUAGCAGUAGUGGCAGUAGUUCAUCUGAUUCUGAAAGUUCCUCUGGGAGUGAUGAUGAAACCUCCAGCAGUGAUGAUGGUGAAGCUGCACAUCCUUCCCCUUCUCAGCAGUGUAACAACAGGAAUACUGUUGCCAAUGGUACUGGCAGGGCACAAGGCAACAAUCAGCUCAUGAAUACUCUCAGAAAUGACUUGCAGUUGAGUGAAUCUGGGAGUGACAGCGAUGAUUAAAAUAUGUUUUCUGCAUUGGUUUCCUGUUGCAAAUAUAUAAAGAUGCAGAUUUAAUGAGGAGUAAUGCAAAAGUGGAAGCUGACUUACUGGAACCUAGCUAUAUAAAUAAAAUUGUUAACAUUAUGUGACCUGAAUGGGGACAACAAAUAUUCCUGGAGCAAAGCUAUCCUUUGUUUUCUCUCUGUAUAAAUUAUGUCUGUUGUAGUACAUUCUUUUAAUUUUUUCAGUAAGUGUGAAUAAUGUUAAUCUAAAACAGAGAUCUGUCUUCUAACAUCUGAUACAUCAUAACCUGUAAAAGAUUAUAAUCUUGAUGUACUUUAAUAUGAUUCUUGCUUUUAAAAAAGUUCUAGUCCCUUGAAAAUUUAAAGCAAAAGUUAUCUGUAAGGUAGAUGUCGACUGCUUUUAAAAAGAAACAGAAUUUGACAUUCAGUGAGGUAUCAGAAUAAGAAUGAUUGCACCUAGAUUUCUUAAGCUUAAAGCGGAGUUACAGAUUGACACAUGUCUGGAUAUUUGAGGUGAAUAAAAAUUGCCUUGUGGCAAGGACAAGGCAUCUAGAAGAAAACUAUCCCACUCCCACACACACCCUUUUUUUCCAGGCUCUCCUGAAAAUAUUUUAUACUAUAAAACACUUGUCAGAGGUAUCUAUGAGCAGGCUGGCUAACAGAAUUUCUCAAAGACUAGUUGUGAACUUAGUUGUAAGGAUUCACUAGGGCUUUUUUAUUUUUUCAGGAAGUUCAUAUUUUUUGAGUGUGCAAAUAAAAGACAUACAAAUUCCAUCUUAUUUAUGCAGAUAUUCCAAAUCUCAUAUUUAUAUCUGCUAUCUAUAUGUAUUGAAGAAGCCAGUAUUAUUUAGUGCUUCAUGUUCCCAAGCAUGAGGUACACAAUUAAAUUAACAUCACAAUACAUGUGUGAGGUACAGUAUAUAACAUUUCUGUGGAUAGAAAUGAUACUUGUAAGUUUAUCUUGUUUUCUAAUAUUUAGUGCAUAUAGCAGUGGAGUGAUAAGGUCUGAAUCUUCUGAUAAAGAGGUAACAAAAAUAUUGUUUCAUGUUGCAUCUUGGAACAAAUGCUAGCCAUGACAUAUCAGAUUUUUAUUUCAAAACUGAUCAGUUUCACCUGUCAAGCUGUUUUGGUUAGAAGCAGAAAUAACUCUUCACAUAUUGCUUCCUUAUAAGCCAUUUUAUACAUCGUACAUGAUGUGUACUAAAUACUACCUAACCCAUUUAUUUGCAAUAAAAAGCAGAAAAUUAAUGCAGAAAAGUUCUUUCACCAAUAAAAUAUUGUUAUCUCUUGAGAGUGAAUUUCUGUGAGGUACAAAAUCCCAAAUUAUUUUCCUAGUUUAAUUUGGUUUAAGUUGCUAUAUCUAUAGUUAUGCACCUAUAUUUUAGAAUUAUUAAUGUAUAAAAUGUUUUUUGAGUAGUCUAUGUAUGAGAGUCAGCUGGUAGCUUGCAAUCAACUCUGGUAAGAAAUGUUGGACUGUCCAGCAAUCUCUUACAAUUUUGGCUGCAUAUUAUCAAGAUUGGCUUUGAGAUAAUGAGUAAUGGAAUAUCUGUAAAAUAUGUGGCUUUAUUUUAAGUUUCUCUUGGUCUAAUAAACAGACUAAGCAGACAAAUAUUAUUACUAUUGUUACUGGAAUAAAGUGCCUUGAGUUGAGACCAGAUCUAGUUUUUCUGUCAAAGAUUCUGCCACUUUGCACCGCACAAGCAGCAGAGUGCUUCAGAUGCCAGUGCAAAAGCAUGAGUCUCAGUAGGCUGAAGAAAUGAUGUCAUACUUAGUGACAAACGUGAGAAACAAAGAGUUAAGAGGCAAGCUGGCAGAGUAAACAGCUGUGUCCCUCUUGCUCCAUGUAGCAGCAGUAGCAAUUGUCAGAGUUUGAAACUGACUGGCAUAAGUCAAAGAUCUGAAUGCCAUAAUAGCUCUCAAUUGUAAUAUGAAUUUUAAGAAGACUGCUCGUCUAGAGCUAACAAACAAAUGGAGGGAAAUGAGCAUGAUUAUACUUUCUGGGAGGUGAGAAAUAAUCUUUUGCGGGGGGAGUAAUACUCAUUAGACGUAUGAUCAGGGCUGUGAGCCUUUCAUGACUGCCCAAAUUCAGAACAUUGGGGAAUGUUUGUUCAUUUUUCCUUUGGCAAGUUGUAUGCCAUUAAAGCUACAAAAAUUAGUUUUGAUGAAAUUUCAGAACAGGGUUUGUUUUUUUCUUAGUGUUGCAAGGUCAAGUCCUGGUACUCUAUAACUUGGACUAAAGAGAAAUGGUUCUGGUUAAUAAAUAUAUAAAUAUCAGUAUGGCUGCAAGGCUGCAGUCUUCUGCGUACUUCCUCAAAAGUCAGCUUAAUCUAUUACGGCUUUUUUAAAAUAUACUUUAUCAUAGAAUUUGGUUUAUUUUAUAGAGACACGCAAAUAGUAACCUGAAGGAAAAGAAAUACUCCUAACAGGUGAGGAAGGGCUGAAGUGCAUCCAAAGUGUUCACAGACCAUACCAUUUGCACAGGAGCUGCUGUUGUGAUUCCUAAAAGGAAUUUUGUGAUUCAUGUGGCACAAUAUGUGAUUUAACAGCAGGACUAUUGAGACAGCUGAAGUGUUCAACUGUUCAAGUAUUAAAAGAAUAAAAAUAGGAGUGAAAUGGAAUUUAAGAUGUAUAAUACAUUAUUUUUGAUGCAAUUUUGCCUCAGAUAUAUUUGUAUCAUCAGUCUACACAUGUAUGUUUAUAUUUCUGUAAAUUAGAUUAUAUUAUUUGUAACAUUUUGUAGUUUUUCUUUUAAAAGUUUUAUUUAAAUAAAAAAAUAAGCUU